AAUCGACUUCCUCGACUAUCUCCGUGCCCUGGACCCGCCCUCUCCGCCUGGCGCCAGGCCGCCGAGCGCCGAUCGGCUAGAUGAGCGGAGGCGCUGCUGCGGCGCUGCGGCCGACGCCGGGUCUGCACCCACAGUCUCCCCCUCCCAGCUUUUUACCUCGGCUUCCCACUCCUUCCCCCGCCCGCCCAGCACCGCCCGCCCAGCACCGCUAGCCCGGGAGAGCUGCCGGGAGUUCCCCGGGAGCCUCAGAAUACUCCUGUGACCCCAAAAAGACUUCUCCUCACGAGCAAGCAGGCAGUUCUGCAGCAGGUUCUCCAGCUGGGUGUCAAUUCGGAUACUGUAUACCUAGAGAUAGCAUCAGAUCCUGCAGGUUGAGGACUUACUCCUACAAGAUUCCCCCCAACUUCAGGCAGUGAUUAUCCUGUUGAGAAGUAGAAAAUACUUCGCAAGUAAAAAAUAUGCCUCCCAAGUUUAAGCGCCACCUCAAUGAUGAUGAUGUCACGGGUUCUGUGAAAAGUGAAAGGAGAAAUCUUUUGGAAGAUGAAUCAGAUGAAGAAGAGGACUUUUUUCUAAGGGGACCAUCUGGACCAAGAUUUGGACCUAGAAAUGACAAAAUUAAGCAUGUUCAGAAUCAAGUGGAUGAAGUUAUUGAUGUCAUGCAAGAAAAUAUUACAAAGGUAAUUGAGAGAGGGGAGAGACUAGAUGAACUACAGGACAAAUCAGAAAGCUUAUCGGAUAAUGCAACAGCUUUUAGCAACAGAUCCAAACAACUUCGAAGGCAAAUGUGGUGGCGCGGAUGCAAAAUAAAAGCCAUCAUGGCUUUGGUUGCUGCUAUCCUUUUGCUAGUGAUUAUCGUUCUUAUAGUCAUGAAAUACCGUACUUGAUUUGAUGACAGAGAUCUUCAUUAAACAAGAUCUGGGACAGUAAUAAAAGAUUGCUGCAUAAUUUAAAUGAAACCUAUGUGUAUAUAACUUUCAAAACUUCUUUUUCCAGAAACUAAGAGGCAAGUAUCACUUCAAAUUGGAACGUGGAGAAUGUCCAAUUAUCUUCUCCCCUUCUAACAAAAUGUUCUUUUAAUAAUUAUGUUUAAGGCAAAGAGAACUAGCCUCUAUUUUUCCAUAUUUCAAGGAUCUAAUUUGAAACUAGAUACUUGCCAGUUCAUUAUUUGUGUAUAUAAACACUGAUGAUAAUAUUUCAUACUAGUAAUUUAAUGGCAUAAGGACUUGCAUUAUUGCAAUAGGGAGUGGGUCAUGCUGGGGGUCAGGAAACCUGUGUAGAGUACCAAAUUAUAUGCUGAAAGAGAUGCAUAACCAUUCUGUCAAUAUUUGCAGAAAUAUCAUUCUUUUCAUAUUACAGUUGUUUUGCAAGCAAUUUCCAUAUUUAUAGUUGUAACAAAAGCUAAAUGUUGUAAAUGUUGCCUUCAGCUAUAACUAAAAACAUUCCAGUAAAUAUAUUUUUGACUGUGUAAGAGAAUGUGUAAUUUUUUUGGCAUUUGGAUUAUGGAAAUGGAAAUUUUUAAACAGUGUGAAAAAACAUAGUAUGGCACCAUAAAACUGGACAUAAUAAAGUUAUUGAAGAGUGUCACUGGAGUAUUUGAAAAUGACCAAUAUAUAGCUGCCAGUCAUGGUCCAGUCUGUUUUCAGUUAAACUCCAAUAAAGAGAGAUGAGUCAGUCCUAAUGUGAGUAAAUGAAAUUCACAGGUAACUUACUCCUUAAUUUUAUUUUAGUUAAUAGCCUCUAACUUCCAACUAUCUCAUUUACCAAAAGUAUGAAAAGUAGCAAAACCAUCUAUUAAUACUUUGAAUUUUAUAUCUUUGCAUUUCCCGUUCAUCCUUGAGGAGAUGUAUGUUGCACAAUCAAGUUUUGCAUCAGCCAACAAUAAUGAGUAGUAGAAAGUCAGGAACCUAGGUAUAUAUAUAUAUAUAUAUACAUACAGGAUAAUCAGUCAGUCAGUAACCAGAUGCUAGAGAGUGACCAUUAACCUAAGCCUGUUUUUAUAAUAAAAAAAUGUGUUAACUUUAAAAUAUGCCAACCUCCUUGCGUCUUUUAAACAAGUCAGAGUGAAAAUACAUUGUCCCCUAAGGUGUGGAGAGAGAAGCUUUAUAAUAAAAUUAGUGAUUCUGCAGAAACUUGUGCACUGGAUAUCUUGAGAAUAUGAAUAUAAAACUCCCUAAAUUAAAAAUAGGGUUAAUAGAAAUUACCAGUAUUUAAAUAGGGAAAAAUGAUUUUAUGUUUAUUUUAUUUGAGUUUUAUUUCUUUGGUCAUCUUAAUGCGAAAUGAAUAAAGCAUAGAAUCUGGGUUUGGUGUUUUGUUUUUUGUUUUUUGUCUGUUUUUAAAAUUCUACAGGAUUAUUACUAGGAGGCAAAAAAUGUUGUUUAGAAUGGAAAGAAAUUUGAAGAGAGAAAGCAGACUGAGACACUCAAGACACCUGCAAGUUAUCUAAGAAGAUCUAAAUAGAAUUUCUAAACUUUAUAGUUUGCUUAGAGCAUUAAGGAGGAGAUAAAGGUCUUACAUACUAUAGCAUAUUGUCUCUGGUCUCUAUGCUCUUUGUAAAUGUCAAUGUAAAUGGCGUCUGAACUGCUAAUAAAUCUUUUAACAAGAUACCCAGAAAAAUGAGCAUUUUUAGAAUUUCAGUAGCUAAUAAUUCAGAAAUGGAAAUAUUUUAACUGAAUGGACAGACUCAGUCCUAACAUUUGUAUGUAUGUUCUUUAUUUGAAUUGGAACUAGGCUUGUAAGUUUUAAUUUUCCAUUAGUUGAUGUAGAAAUCCGGUUCCUCCAUAAUAUCUACAAGUGAAGAUGACGAUUACUUCUCAAAAAGCAUCCAUAUUUCCAGUGUUUCUUUUAAUAAAGUAUGCCACUUUUAAAUAAAUUACAAAAAGUAAAAUUAUAAAUUUUUUAAAGUUUAAAUAAGUAAAAGUAAUAUUUAUUUGACAAUAUAUAUGUCACUGUCUUUGUAAUUUAAACAUAUUGUUACCUGGGAUAUGGGUAACAGACAUAUCACUCAUGGAACUUUGUAGUAGUGAUGGCUUGGUUUGUAGUUUGUCAUUUCAUCUUUCUUGGUCUUGAUUAAUCCUGAAAUCCUUAAAAUGGCUGGCAUGGUUAUGACUUUAUUGUGGUAACCUCAGAGAUGUAAGCCCUCUUAUGAUCAAAAACAGAAGAAAAAAUACAUUGUUCAAACUGAUGCCAGGCCUACCUUCAUUACCUCCCUUAAUUACUGUUUUUCUCAUUCAGCUCAGAUCAUCCUGCACUUGAAAGAUGAAGUUUUACCAUCAUCAAAACUAUCAUUAUUUAACAACAAGUGAAGAUCAACAGAAAAAUUCAAGUAGCUUUGCAAAUACUAGUUGAUUCUCAGUGAAAUCACGUCACUAUUUUCAUGCCUGAAUCCAUACCCUUGUGAUUUAUGUUUAAUUACAGAAGCCUAUUGCCUUGCAGCAAUUUCGUUGUUAUAAUACUGAUAAUUAGUUACUCCUUCUUAUUAUAACUCAGUAAUACCUGUGGUCGUUUGGUUCCUCUAUCCUGACAAAGUUCACUGGAAAUUGCCCUCAGAUUUUAUAAACUGGGGGAUUUCUUAAUUAGAUGAAAGUUCACUAUUAAAGAUGGAAUAUUAUAUAAGAUGGAGGAAGUGUAAUUAAUACACAUGAGAUAUAGAAAUACUUUGUUAGCCCUCCUAUAGAUUGCCUAUUUUAGUCUUUCUGUGCAUUUCAGUACUCUGUAUUAGAAAAUUAUAACUUCAGCACUUUUGAUAGCAAAAAUUGGCAUCUUUCAAUUCUGUAUAGUAUGUGGGUAUCCUGUAAAUGAUAAUACGUGUACAGACUGAGAAGGCAGGAAUAUAAUAUAAAGAAAUUGAAAUCUCUCAUUGCCAGUAUACUCUAAAACAGGCUUGAUGCCUUGUCAGCAUCAUUGCCCACAUUGACUCUGUAAUCUGUAUAUACACUAUGAUUAGAAAAUAUGCAAGAAAUUGUUUUUCCAUGUCAAGAACAAAUGCCAAUAGAAGAUGUCCCCUUAAUUGUAUUGUCAGAGUAUUACUAUGUCAAGGAUGACUGUUCUGUUAACCUAAUUUUGUGUUUUCACAUGGAAAUGUGAUUGGACUCCAUUUUUCUGUGAGUUGAGAGUAAGAGCAUAAGUCAGUUUGAAAGCAUUUACAAGUUUGUUUUAGAAUGUAGUGUAGGGCUUAUAUUUGUGCAGGAAAUUGCCACAAAGCAGUGGAAAGACACUGGAUUCUAAGGGCUGAAAGGUGCUCUACUUCUUGUUUUUUCCCAUGUUGUAGACAAAUGACAUCAUGCCUUAGAUUGAUGUAGAGUUUAGGUCCUCUUUAAUACUCUGAUGUUAGUCUUAUUCUGACUUCUUUUUCUGGAAACCAAGUAGAAUUAGGGAUGGGAACACAAAUGCAUUUAUUCUGGCUCCUGUUUUAUUCCAUGAAGCUUCUUGGAACAAAUCAGUAGGAACUGAAAAGAAAGCAUGACCAACCCAGUUACAGGGGAUAAAUGUAAGCUUGUGAAAGUAAGCACCACACCAUGUUUAUGUCUCCCCAGCACCCAGCACAGUGCUGUGUACCUUGGCAGAUGCUAGAUAAAUGUGUGUUGAAUGAAUGUGCCUAUGAAGCCACAAAGAUGCCACAUGUUAGUAUAUCAGUGAGAGCUGAUUCCAUAGUGCUCCCUGGACAAGCAACAUGAGCCUUUCGCUUUUGCCUGGAUAUAGUGGUGUUCUUCUGCUGUAACUGGGUGUGGAAAAACUCUGGCUUUAUGGUAUUCCAUUAGGUUCUUUUCAUUUAAAGUAGUCUUAAAUCAAAGUAUCAAAUAUUUUAAAGCCACAAAGUAGAUUACAUAAUUAGCAGAGAUUUUAGUCAGUAAAAUGUUAGAAAUCAAACUGUAAGAAAACUCAAGCCGUUUAUUUUGUGUCUUGGGUAUCUGUCAUUAUUUUAAAUUCCACGCUCCCUUACUUAAUCACUUUGGUAAGUGCCUUUGAUGUUUGUUUUGAGAUGCAUAGUGGGAGAUGAGUAAAUGUGAAUGUCAUGUGCCCUGUUCCCUAGCUUCUCGAUUCCUCAUAACCAUUUCUACCAGUGUUGGCAAAGUUUAGUCCUUUGUGUUAAUAUCAGAAAUGUAUUUGUAGCCCCUCCAUAGUGAACAGUGAAAUAAACUAUUUCAUAGAAAACAAAAAUUAA